AAGGCCGAAGACUACAUCAGUCUGGCCUUCGCAGCGAACUUCCAGUACCAGUACGCCCAGUUCCAGAACAUCUCGCAGCUGUCACAAUACUACUUCAUCAAGACGGUGUCGAGAGAGCAGAGGGAUGCUGAACUAGAGGCGAGGAAGGAUGAGAGGCUUACCUUCUAUACCGCGGUAGCUGAUAUGUUGAACUCAAAAGGCUUCAAUGGUGAGGAGUGUGUCAACAGAGCGAUUUGUGAAGCAGCGCAGUAUCCAGUUGAAGAAGAAGGUCUAGUUGGAGAAAUACUACACAUACUGCUGACACCAGAUUACGGGAAAACCCCCUUCGACGAUAGAGACCGGGAGUUGGAAGAUCUGAUGGCAUCAUACUAUGACGCUGCGACAGCUGGACGGCAGAUGUUUGACUGUGCCUCUAUAUACCCCAGCUGCCCAGAAGGACAGGGACUUAUGGAAAUGUUCAGUAUUCUGAGAGAUGAAUGAGUUGGCAAAAUAACGGUUUAAACGGUUUUCUCUAAUGAUAUUUUUUCAAUGAGUUUAUUAUGAUAUCUUGUGUUUUGUUUUUAUGUAACGCACGUCAAUAUUAAAGAAUUUGAAUUGUAAAAUCCUUUAUUCAGAAUUAAUCGUCAAAAAAGGCUUUUUCUGGAUGUUGUGUCACUAUUAUAAAACCACAUUGAUGUUGAUUAGGA